AGCGUACUGACGUCUCUGUGCGUCAUCUCCAAGGCAGCGGAAAAUGGCGGAGGCUUUACCGGAGGCCGGGCGGUACUUCUGUCAUAACUGUUCCGCCGAAAUAAGCCCUCGUCUGCCGGAGUACAUUUGCCCUAGGUGCGAAUCAGGGUUUAUAGAAGAGCUUCCUGAAAUAAGGAACACAGAAAAUACUAGCACUACUUCUGGGACAGAUCAAAACAGACAUCUCUUUGAGAGCCUAGAGCCCACACAGUUCACAUUACCUCCUGGUUAUGGUCAAGUUACUUUUGGGAUUUUCAAUGAGGGCCUAGAUUUCCCUAUUUUUGGAGCAAGUGGGACAAGUGAAGAGAACCGUGAAAGUGAAAAUAGAAGAGAGCAACAGUCGCGGCAGCGAUACGGUGCAAGACAGCCACGUGCGAGACUGAGUACGAGGCGUUCUGCGGGAAGGCAUGAGGGUGUGCCUACAUUAGAAGGGAUCAUUCAGCAGCUGGUGAAUGGAAUCAUUGCACCCACAGCAAUGCCAAACUUGGGACUGGGGCCAUGGGGGGUCCUUCAUUCCAAUCCAAUGGAUUAUGCUUGGGGAGCUAAUGGCCUUGAUACAAUCAUCACACAGUUACUUAAUCAAUUUGAGAACACUGGUCCUCCGCCUGCAGAUAAUGAAAAGAUCCAAGCCCUUCCAACAAUUCAGAUAACAGAGGAACAUGUAGGUUCUGGCUUGGAGUGUCCAGUGUGUAAAGAAGACUAUACAGUUGGUGAAAACGUACGACAACUGCCUUGUAAUCACUUAUUUCACAAUGACUGCAUCAUCCCUUGGUUAGAGCAGCAUGAUACAUGUCCCGUAUGCAGGAAAAGUCUGAGUGGUCAGAACACUGCUACGAACCCCCCAGGACUUUCAGACCUGAAUUUCUCUGCAUCUUCUGCUUCUUCCUCAUCCUCCACCUCUCCUACUGAAGAAAAUAACUCUGCCAGCAAUUCCUGAGCAGCUGAAAUUGGGUGGGGGAGCAGUUGCCGUGCAGCUGCCCCUCUUGCCGCCCUCUCGUCCGCUGCUUUGCCACCACUGCAUUCAGAGCCGAAGGGAACAAUGCACAGGCGUUCCUAAAGACUUUUUAAGGCUUUUGGGGGUCGAGUCUGGAUAUCUCUUCCUCCUAACCAAGUGGGAGCAGCUGGUAACCAAAGUGUGACAUCUAACAUGGAAGAGACUGAGUGGGUGUGAGAUAUAUAUAUUUUUUUUUUUUCCUGUGAAGGGUUUGGGUUUCCUCUUUUAAAACAUAGAGGUGCGGUAACUCGUUUUUAUCAAUUUUAUUUUUUAAUGCUUUGAAGUUUUUAAUCUCUAAAUUAAACAUGUAUGAUUUAUGCUGCUCCUGUUGUGAGCAGUGACUGAACAA